UUUUUUGUUUAACGUCAAACAAAAAGUCGCACCAAAACAAUGCGCAUGGACAUCCUUGCCGAAUUUUCAACAGUUUUCUGGAGCCGGUUUUGAUUCUUUGAUGAAAAAUAGUGGAAUUAAACGUUGACAACUUAAAACUCUAGCAUGUCGACUAGCAGUCCCAACUCGCCGACUCAGCGUAGCCCUUUGGUGGAUCGAACGCUCGAUUUGUACUUGACGAAUCGUCGCUCGAGGGAAUGCCUAAAAUGGGGUACCAUCAAUGUGGCUAUCUUGUCGGUCCUGCUUUUCGACAUUUCCAACAAAUGUCCUUAUGCGUUCUCAAAUUGGUACUACUUGGAGUAUGCGGCUUCCGCGAUCUUGGGCUGCAGCGUACUGUACUAUUUCGGUCGCUAUUUCUUCUACGUUUUUUGCCGGGAACCGCUCAAGGGAACCGAGCAGCAGCGGAAGCUGCUUAAGUUUGAUGUCGAUGAUAAUUCGUUUGUCACAAUGACCCCUGGGCCGAAGAUACCACCCAGUCAAGCGAAUACCCCGGCUAACGUUUCGUCCGUUAGCUUGAGCUCGUUGAACGAUAGUGGAAUGACGGCCGCAUCUCCUGGAUGGGUUUUUAAUAGGGGAAGUCCAUCGCAGAAGGGCAGCACAUCUGAUCAUCAUCAUCGAAACUUGUCGGCCUAUUCGUUGGAGGGGUCUUUUAACACUAGCGCAAACAACUCGACUGGCGUUUCGCCGUCUUUGAGGAAGCUGGCCGCAAAUCGGAAUGAUUUCAUCGUUGAUGAGAAGGGGUUGCAGAGCUACUUGAGGGAUGUAUCGUUCGAAGAUCGACAACACAACUCGUUCCUGGAACGGAUGAACAAUGCGGGUGGGACAUUUAAUGCCUUUUGGAAUAGCUACAAGCUGGACGACAUGUCCAAUCUUUUGAAAACGUCUCUGUAUCAGCUCUCUCCUUCGGCACCACCCAGUAAGCAAACGAUGAAGGAACAUGAAAGCGGAAGUGGACCCUACAAUCCUAUUGAGUCCGAUGUCAGCUCUGAGGUGUUGAAGAAGGUUUCGACAGUGCAGCUGUCCAACUAUGUGGCCAAUCUUAGAAUGUGGAUAUCUCUAACGAUUCUGCAGCGUAUCGUAUCGGAAAUGAACAGCAUCGAUCAGUCCUUCAAAACUCGCGGCUUCUCGGAUAUUCAACUGGGUCACGUCGGUCUCGAACGGCUCAAAAAGACAGCUGAAAACCAGCAGUUGGUAACGCUGUACAUACCCCGAUUGCCGCUGUUGAUUCCAUUCCUAGAGAUGUCUACAAAUCAGGAGUAUCUGGUACAACGUAUCAAAGACCUAUCCAAGGGAAGCUGCAUCGCCGAUUAUCGCUGGAAUUCGGGAUCCUCGUACAAGGGUCUAAGUUGGGACGAACAUCUACCAACGGACUCGGCUAUAAUCUUCCACCUGUUCUGUACCUACAUGGACAGUCAGCUGCGGCCGUUGCCUCAACCAGGCGGCCGUCCCUUCUACCAUCGCUAUGUGGUUUUGGCGGACAAGAAAAGCUCGAAGGAAACGCUGGCCGAGGUGGCCACAAAGAACAAGGCCAAAUGUGCCAUCCUGUUCGCGAACUCAUUGAAGCCAAAGUUCAACUUCAUUUCCGACGAUAAAAUCCAUAACUGUGCUCAUGAUCGUAACAAUCUAUUCUACGUCAUCAUUCAGUUCCUCAUCUACAUGAAAACGCAUCACGAAGGACUGGUCGAAGGUAUUAAUCUCGGGAAAAGCGGCAUUAACGUGCUCUGUGUUGUGGAGGAUUAAACGAACUGAAGAAAUAGGAUCGAUAAGUUAGGUAUGCUUUUUUUAAUUCUCAUAGUUUUUUUGACUCGCCAUUUUGUUCAAUAUGAAAAUAUUAUUCAAUCUAAA